ACAGACUACUAACCUCUCUUUUGACUUGGGUAAGAAUCAAUUUCCCUAGACUUUUUCUUAACAAAUUACUAAAAAAACAUCAUCAGUAGCUGUUGCUCCAGACACCUCAUUAUAAUUCUUCGUGUUUAUCGCGAUCUUUGUCCAUCUGACGCACCUGGGUCCUCCCCCUCUCUUUUCCAAUUUAUACUCCGUAUCUCUUUUUCUAAAUACACACACAGACACACACUGCCUGUUUUUUCUUGAAAAGUAUUUUACUUCUUUCUGCUUUCUUUCCUACUUGAUUCUUGUUUUUUUAUUUCGUUUUGUUCCUCCCGAGAUUUUCGGAUUCCCCCCGUUUUGUUCUUUUUGGUUUUGUUUGGAUUGGAAUUAUUACAAGAUCCAUGGUGAAGGAGACGGAGUACUAUGAUGUUCUUGGAGUGAGUCCCUCUGCAACUGAAGCUGAGAUCAAGAAAGCUUAUUAUAUCAAGGCAAGACAGGUCCAUCCAGAUAAGAACCCCAAUGAUCCUCUUGCUGCUCAAAAUUUCCAGGUUUUAGGAGAGGCUUACCAAGUGUUAAGUGAUCCUACCCAACGACAGGCAUACGAUGCUUACGGGAAAUCAGGAAUUUCAACUGAUGCUAUCAUUGAUCCUGCUGCUAUUUUUGCGAUGCUUUUCGGGAGUGAGCUUUUCGAGGAUUACAUUGGGCAACUAGCCAUGGCAUCAAUGGCCUCCAUGGAUAUCUCCGCAGAAGAACAGUUUGAUGCCAAAAAAUUGCAAGAGAAAAUGAGGGUUGUCCAGAAGGAAAGAGAAGAGAGGCUUGCUCAAAUACUUAAGGAUAGACUAAACCUUUACGUGCAAGGCAAUAAGGUAGAUUUUGUUAAAGAUGCUGAAGCGGAAGUAUCAAGACUCUCCAGUGCAGCAUAUGGAGUUGAUAUGUUAAAUACAAUUGGUUACAUAUAUGCAAGACAGUCAGCUAAAGAGCUUGGAAAGAAUGUGAUGUUAUUGGGCUUGCCAUUUGUUGCUGAGUGGUUCAGGAAUAAAGGACAUUACAUCAAAUCCCAAGUAACUGCAGCAACAGGAGCAAUCGCAUUGAUACAGCUUCAAGAGGAUAUGAAACGCCAGCUUAGUUCAGAGGGAAAUUACACAGAGGAAGAACUGGAAGAAUACAUGCAGUCUCACAAGAAGGUGAUGAUUGAUUCAUUGUGGAAGCUUAAUGUAGCCGAUAUUGAAGCCACACUGUCCCGUGUUUGUCACAUGGUUCUUCAAGACAGUAAUGUGAAGAAAGAUGAGCUCCGUGCUAGAGCAAAAGGGUUGAAAACUCUUGGUAAAAUAUUUCAGAGGGUGAAAUCGGCUGACAGCACUGGCAGUGAAACUGCACCAAAGAGUGAUACCCACAAAUUGAAUGGAAAUCAGUCAAGUACUGCAGAAACAUCUUAUGCUGCUUUUGCGUCACAGAGCCCCUAUGUCGAGGCUCCUCAAUUUCCAGGCGCUGAACGCAACUAUAACUUCCCGAUGCCAGCAGCACCUCCAGGUGCACACAGACAUCUGUAAACAUGAUAAAGCUCCGAUAAUUUAAAGCAUCGACUCUUAGUGGCCAGCUUAUACGUGUUUGAAUUUAUAUUUGUUUCUCAUGUGAGGGAAGCACAUGCAAUUAUAGUUGUGGAGUGUGGACAGGUAAUUUGUUGUGUAUAUUUUGUGGAAGAAGGGCAAAUGUUCAGAUAGUAAAGAGUGUAUUAGUUAAGAUAGUAGGCUUUGUAGUUGUGUUUGGAUUUUGAUUUCUUUUAGUAGUUUAUUUUCAACAGCAUUCCUUUCAAA